CAAAAAUUUUACAUUCUUCUAUAGGGAAUACUGUCAACUGAAAGGGGUCAAAAAGCUAUAUUAUCAUUUGAUUCUUAUGAAAGAUCUUUGAUUGAGCAAGGAACCCGAUGCUUCCUAUUUGGUAAACAGCUCCUGGGUGUUGAUCGCAGGUGAUCCGCAAGCUCGAUUGUUCACCAUCUCUCUAUUGAAUUUGCUUCUGGGUUCCGAACCCCAACGCAUGGAUUCUGUUAAAACUGCUUUGUUUAAGAGGCACAGCAAUUACAACAUUUCAGUUGAUGAAAUCGGUAUGAAAUUGGAUUUCGUUUGGGCACCUUAUGUAUUGAAUUUAACCCAUUUGUUGACGGAUUUCAAGACUAAAAAGAAAUACCCUGAUGUUAUGGUAAUGGGGGCUGGUCUAUGGCAUAUGCUUCAUGUAAGCAACCCAUCAGAUUACGAACUUGUUUUGCCAAGGUUAAAAAGUUCCUUGGUUUCUUUGUUUCCAUUUUCAACAGAUAUCUCCAAUGCCUAUGGCAUAGCUGAAGUUGUUGUUAUGCUGGUCACAACUGCCUUGGUGACACUUGUAAUGCUUCUGAUAUGGCAGACCAAUUUGCUUAUGGCUUUGUGUUUUCCACUCUUAUUCUGGUCGAUAGAGCUGAUCUACUUCUCAGCUGUUCUAUUGAAGGUCAUGGAGGGAGGUUGGCUUCCACUUGUUUUUGCUACUUUCUUUCUCACUGUCAUGUACAUUUGGCACUAUGGCAGUGUGUUGAAGUACCAUAGUGAGGUCAGAGAGAAAAUAUCCAUGGAUUUCAUGAUUGAACUUGGCUCUAAGCUUGGGACAGUGAGAGUUUUGGGGAUCGGUUUGUUAUACAACAAGCUUGUCCAUGGUAUUCCUUCAAUUUUUGGGCAGUUUCUACUUAGCUUACCUGUCAUCCAUUCUACUAUCGUUUUUGUAUGCAUCAAAUAUGUACCUAUUCCUGUGGUACCCCAAGAAGAGAGGUUUCUUUUCCGUAGAAUUGGCCCGAAAGACUACCAUAUUUUCAGGUGUAUUGCUCGAUAUGGUUACAAAUAUGUCCAAAAAGAGGAUCACCAUGCAUUUGAACAACUUGUUCAAUCCUAGAAAAUUUCUUGCGGAAAGAAGCUCAAGAUCUGGCAUUAGAAAGCAGGUUGCACGAGAUGGUUAUCGAUAGUGUUUUUGUGAGCUCAAGGGAUCACAGAAACAGGGAUGUUCCUAGUAAAAAGGAGCUUAAAAUCCCAUUGAUACGUGAGAGAAUAUCGGAAGAAGCAAGAAGUUGUGUAUUAGAAGAAGCACCGGCAUCAUUACCGUUUAGUGUCAUGUCAUCGGAUGAAGACCCAGGCUUGGAAUAUGAGCUAUCAGCACUGCAACAAGCAAUAGAUUUAGGAUUUACUUAUUUCUUGGCACAUGGAGAUGUGAGGGCAAAAAAGAACUCCCUUUUUCCUCAAGAAACUCGUCAUAAACUACUUCUACGCGUUCCUGCGGAGAAACUGUCGAGUUGGUGCAGCAAAUAUGAGUGUACCUCACAUGAAUAUCUUGCAAGCGGGCAUGACAUACAUGGUUCGAUGAGAGUUGCCAUUGAUUCAGAGCUGCCAUUUUCUUGUUGAUUCAAAGUAUUGUUUUUGAGCUCAAUAAGUUUGAGAAUUAAGCCAUGCAUAUGAAUCAAAUAUUUUGACAUUCACAA